AUGUCAAAAUUGAAUUCUGUUUUGUUGGUAGGCGGUGCCGGCUUCCUCGGCUUGCAUCUUGUACAGCAGUUUUACGACCAUUGUCCUAACACAGCUAUCCACGUCUUUGACAUUCGUCCAAUCCCAGACAAUCUUUCAAAGUACUUCACUUUCGACAAAAGCAAGAUCACCUUCCACCAGGGUGAUUUGACGUCUGAAGAAGAUAUCGAAAAAGCCAUUUCUUCCAGUGGAUGUGAAGUCAUCGUUCACUCAGCAUCCCCAAUGCACGGUCUAGGUCAGGAGAUAUACCAGAAGGUCAAUGUGGUGGGUACUCAGGCUCUCUUGAAAGUGGCCAAAAGGACACCUGUCAAAGCUUUGAUCUACACGUCUUCCGCUGGUGUCAUCUUCAACGGCCAGGACGUGUACAACGCCAACGAGCUGUGGCCAUACCCGGAGGUUCACAUGGAUGGGUACAACGAAACCAAGGCUAUUGCUGAAACCGCCGUGAUGAAGGCCAACGACGCCGACCUCGUGACCGUGUGUUUGCGUCCUGCUGGUAUUUUUGGCCCUGGCGACCGUCAAUUGGUGCCUGGUCUCAGAACCGCUGCUCGUUUAGGUCAGAGUAAGUUCCAAUUGGGCGACAACAACAACCUCUUUGACUGGUCAUACGCCGGAAACGUGGCUGACGCCCAUGUCAUUGCCGCCGAGAAGGCUCUCGACCCCAAGGCUCGUGAGCUUAUUGGCGGAGAGACCUUCUUUAUCACCAACGACACUCCAGUGUACUUCUGGACCUUGGCCAGAACCGUGUGGAAGGCUGACGGCCACAUUGACAAGUACAACAUUGUCUUGAGCCGGCCUGUGGCGAUCUUGGCGGGCUACUUGUCGCAGUUCUUCUCUGGCUUGUUGAAGAAGGAGCCUGGUCUUACUGCCUUUAGAGCCAGAGUGACCUGUGCUACUCGUUACCACGACAUCACCAAGGCCAAGACGCUUCUUGGCUACGAGCCGGCCGUGCUGCUUGAGGAGGGCAUUCGCCAUACUCUUGACUGGAUCUACGAGACUCACGAGGAGAAAUAG